GGGGCGGGGCCGGGGUGGCAGCGGCAGCGGCGGCGAGGCUCCCAAGGUGACUGGAGCUGGGUCGGGGUGCGCCUGCAGUCCUGCCGCCGUGUCGCUAAAACACUGGUGUCGUCAUGAUCCUGCAGCAGAUUCUGCGGCUUUCCUCCACUUUUCGCGCUGCCGUUUCCAUUCACUUGCGCAGAAACAUAGGGCUUUCUGCUAUUGUCUUUAAUAAGACAAAAGAGCUUGAUCCAGUUCAGAAGCUCUUUUUGGACAAGAUCAGAGAGUACAACACAAAGAGCAAGCAAGCUGGAGGCCCUGUUGAUGCAGGCCCUGAAUUUCAGAAAGACAUGAAUGAAUCUCUUGCUAGACUUCAGCGGGCAUAUGGUGAGGGAGAUCUAACCAAGUUUCCAGAAUUCAAAUUUGAGGAGCCCAAAUUUGAGGAGACUCCCAAGUGAUAUCUGCAAGUUAUGUACCAAAAACGGUGUAUGUCAAUGGAGUUACUGAAUAUGGCACCAGUUAUAACUUAAUAAAUGCAGUUUGACUUCA